AUGAAAAAAAUAGUAAACAUUAAGAAGAACUUAUCUAGAAGUGUUAUGUUGAUUUGAUAAAAAAGGUUGACUAGAUACUACUCAUGCACUCUCGCUUUUGCAGAUAAGGGACUCCAACCGUGCAAUGAUCCUAGCUGCCGCGACUGAGCAGCAGUGCAGAGUUGUUGAUCUUGGUAUAGCUUGUGAUGAUGAACAAGAGAUCGAAAAAACUUUAGACAGUGCCUUCUCUUCUGGAAUCAAUAUUCUUCUAACAUCUGGAGGUGUUUCAAUGGGAGACAGGGAUUUUGUGAAGCCUUUACUUGAAAAGAAGGGGAGGUUAUACUUUCAGAAGGUACACAUGAAGCCUGGAAAACCUCUUGUAUUUGCCGAAAUUCUUCCUAGAUCAGCUGACAACACAUCCAAUACGAUUUUGGCAUUUGGUUUACCUGGAAACCCAGUGAGCUGCUUGGUCUGUUUCCAUCUUUUUGUGGUGCCUGCUAUUAGACAUCUUUCUGGAUGGACACACCCUCAUCUUCCAAGAGUACAAACUCGGCUCAAACAGUCAAUAAAGCCAGAUCCCGUACGUCCCGAAUUCCAUCGUGCUAUUAUCACAUGGCAGUCAAAUGAUGGAUCUGGCCUUCCUGGGUUUGUUGCCGAGAGCACUGGUCAGCAAGGAAGUAGUCGACUUUUAAGUAUAAAGUCAGCAAAUGCAUUAUUGGAAGUGCCUGCAUCCAGCUGUACAGUUCCUGCUGGUGCUUCUGUGGCUGCAAUCAUUAUUUCAGACACAAGUUCUCUCUCAAGUUAUAGAAGCCAGCAAUCAGCACAGUCCUACCAUUCAGAGUCAGGGUAUAGGCCACUAGAAGUGAAUGCUUGUGAUCCUCAACCUUCUGGAUUCAAAGUAGCUAUUCUCACAGUUAGUGAUACUGUUGCGGCUGGAAAAGGACCUGAUAGGAGUGGUCCACGUGCAGUUUCUGUUGUGAAUUCAUCAUCAGAGAGACUAGGAGGGGCAAGAGUAGUUGCAACAGCUGUUGUUCCAGAUGAUGUGCAGAGCAUUAGGGAUAUUUUACGGAGAUGGUGUGAUAUUGACAACAUGGAUCUUGUUCUUACCCUAGGGAGUUUACAACAACCCAGUAUAAUCCCAGCUCUUUUGGGGUAUGGGGUGAAGAUGUACACAGUCUUGCCCUGUAGAAACAGAGAGACUGUUUCCGUUAGAACCUAGAUGCAUUGCUGGGAGUUGUUUGGUCGUACACCCUGAUUUCUGGUGUUUCUCAGUUCAAGAAACUGCAGGCACACGA